GUUUUCGAGCCGGACAUUUCCAUGGGAACUGUCCUGUCUAGGACUCGAUCAGCAGUGAGACGCCACAGCGCAGGAGAAAAUGGAAUUAGAGGAGAAAACCCCCGACCCUAAAUAUGGGGAGUCCAGGAAGUUUGACCCUAACUUCAGAGGACCAAUUCACAACAGGGGCUGUACAGAUGUCCUCUGUUGCAUCCUCUUCAUCUUAGCCCUGUUGGGCUACUUCGCUGUGGGCAUCAUAGCCUGGUCUCAAGGUGACCCCAGGAAAGUCAUCUACCCCACUGACAGCAGGGGACAGUUCUGUGGACAGGCCGGGACUCCUCUGGAGAAGAAGCCCUUGCUGUUCUACUUCAAUAUCCUGAAGUGUGCGAGUCCCCUUGUGCUGCUUGAGUUCCAGUGCCCCACUACACAGUUAUGUGUACAAAGCUGCCCUACCAGGCACCUCACAUUGAUGAAAGUCAAGUUGGGUUUCAACAAAGAGGACCAGGACUACUACAGCCAAUUCUGUAAAGAAGGAGUGGACGUCUCCGAAAAGAGUGCCCCUGAGCUCCUGAGGGAUGGUCUGUGUCCCUCCAUGCUCAUGCCCAGUAAAGCUUUUACGCGUCGCUGUCUGCCUGCCUUGGGAACAAUGAAAGGUGGAGUGGUGGUGGUCGGCAAUGAGACCACAUUUGAUGAUGGAGAGGGGGACCAUGUUAAUGCCACGCAACUGUUAGAAGCAUCAAAGAAGUCCAAUGUGGUUCUGGAGGCUCGCCAGGUGGCCAUGAGGAUCUUUGAAGACUACACUCAGUCUUGGCACUGGAUUUUACUUGGUCUGGUGAUAGCCAUGUUUGUCAGCCUGAUCUUCAUUGUCUUGCUGCGGUUCCUGGCAGGUAUCAUGGUAUGGGUCAUGAUCAUCUUGGUAAUCCUGGUCAUUGGUUAUGGCAUUUUCCACUGCUACAUGGAGUUUGCUAGUCUGAAGGGGGAACCUGGAGCAGAUGUCACCAUCCGGGACCUUGGCCUGCAGACUGACUUUUCUGUCUACCUGCAGAUAAGACAGACCUGGCUGGCCUUCAUGAUCAUCCUGGCAAUUGUGGAGGUGGUGAUCAUCUUGCUUCUCAUCUUCCUCAGAAAGCGAAUCCUCAUCGCUAUCGCCCUCAUCAAGGAGGCCAGCAGAGCUGUUGGACAUGUGAUGUCAUCACUGUUCUACCCACUGUUGACCUUUGCCCUUCUGGCAGUGGUGAUCUCUUACUGGGCCAUCACAGCUGUCUUCUUAUCCACGUCUAAUAAGCAGGUCUAUAAAGUAUUCAACAACUCGGACUGUGAGUACUCAAGAGAGAUCUGCGAUCCUAAGACCUUUAACACCUCCAACAUUUCAGCCCAGUGUCCUGAUGCUGAAUGCCUGUUUGCUUUCUAUGGCGGUGAGACCCUGUAUCACAAAUACCUCAUCCUGUUCCAAUUCUACAAUGUCUUCCUCUUCUUCUGGUGCGCCAACUUUGUGACAGCGCUGGGCCAGGUGACCUUGUCAGGGGCCUUUGCCUCUUACUACUGGGCCUUCAAGAAACCCAAUGACAUUCCUGCGUACCCCAUCUUCUCCUCCCUGGGACGGGCUCUUAGAUACCACACGGGUUCCCUUGCCUUCGGCUCUCUGAUCCUGUCCCUGGUUCAGGUUAUCAGGGUCAUCCUAGAAUAUCUGGAUCACAAGUUGAAAGGUGCCCAAAACAAGUUUGCCAAGUUUCUGCUGAGCUGCCUAAAGUGUUGCUUCUGGUGCCUGGAAAAGUUCAUCAAGUUCCUCAACAGGAACGCUUACAUCAUGAUUGCCAUCUAUGGCAAAAGCUUCUGUACCUCAGCUCGAGAUGCCUUCUUCCUUCUCAUGAGGAACAUUAUCAGGGUUGCUGUUUUAGACAAAGUGACUGACUUCCUGCUGUUUCUUGGGAAGCUCCUCAUCGUUGGAGUCGUGGGGAUCUGCUCUUUCUUCUUCUUCUCGGGAAGGAUCAAAGCCAUAGAAGAGGCCGCCCCGUCACUCAACUACUACUGGGUGCCCAUACUGACGGUGGUUGUGGGAUCCUACCUCAUCGCCCAUGGGUUCUUCAGUGUGUACGCCAUGUGUGUAGACACGCUCUUCCUCUGCUUCUGUGAGGACUUGGAGAGAAACGAUGGCUCCUCCGAACGGCCUUACUUCAUGUCCCCUGAGCUCCACGAGAUUCUCUCAAAAGUGAAGAGGAUGGAGGAAGAAGAGCAGGAUGGCACAGAGCAGGCCAAUUCUGGACAGCUGGUGGACCAGGUGAAGGUGGAGGAGGAAAUUCCUCUCCACGAGCAAGACGGAGAGGUCCAACUGAAGCAGCAGGAUGUGCUGAAGCAGGACAACGAAAACGAAGAGGAGCAGCCCCUGCAGUCCAAGGCAGGGACCGAUAUACCACGGAAGGAGGAAGAGGAGGUCAGACAACUGGACGAGGGUGAAAAGAAAGAGGGACCAGAAGAGGGUGAGGUGGAGGGAGUGCAGGAGUCGAAAGAUGACGAUAAGCCCAGUGAAGAGGCACCUACACCUGUGGAGGCUGAGGAAGCAGAGACCGAUGAUAAGGGAGAGGAGAAACAGGAGGCAAAAAAAGAGGAUACUACCUCACCACCACAAGAGUAGGCAUUAGGGUUAAUGUAUUGGCAAAGACAUAAAAAAAUAACAGCGCUCGGUAAAACUGAAAUAUAAAAUACAUGUGCUGAAAGGAGCAACUGUACCUAACAAACUUGUGAUGCAGACCUGUUAGAUGUACACUUCACACUGAGCUAAACUAG